UUCACCCAUUAAAGAUAGGACAACCCCAAGAAAGACACAAAUAUCUCCUUUUGUGUUUCGAAACUCCCCUCCGUGCAUGAAUUGUACUGAGCUUUUACUUCUCUUCAGAGUCCUGAACACGGCACCGAGAUAAGCUCGGUCUUCGUCCUGCAGUGAUUGGAAGCUGACCAGACAUUAAUUCCCGAGGACCUUGAGGAAAAACAUCUUCUGAGUCUUCCUCCGUUCUUGUUCCUAGAGAAGGGAAAACAAAGAAGAAGGCCAUGGCAGGAUCGGACAGCAGCGGUUCCCAGGCGAGAGAGCUGGAUCAGACCCCAACAUGGGCUGUGGCGAUUGUUUGUGCUGCAUUCAUCGUCAUCUCUCUCGUGUUGGAGAAGUUCCUGCACAAAGUUGGAACGUGGCUCACAGAGAGGCACAAGAGAGCUUUAUAUGAGGCUCUGGACAAGGUCAAAUCGGAGCUGAUGAUCCUGGGCUUCAUUUCAUUGCUCCUCACUUUCGGUCAGAGUUAUGUAUCUAGAAUAUGCAUUCCCCAAAAGGUCGCAGACACUAUGUUGCCGUGCCGCAAGGACAAUAAAUACGACAAGUCCUUGAAAGGAGGACAGCGGAAACUUCUGUGGUACGAGAGGAGAUCCUUGGCUGCCGGUAGCUACGCUCCUAGUUGCAAGAUGGGGCAAGAACCGCUUAUAUCAAUCAACGGAUUGCAUCAGCUUCACAUCCUGAUAUUCUUCUUGGCAGUGUUUCACGUGCUGUACAGCGCAAUCACAAUGACACUCGGGCGACUGAAGAUUCGUGGCUGGAAGCAAUGGGAACAAGAAACCACAUCGCACGACUACGAGUUCUCCAAUGAUCCAUCUCGAUUCAGGCUCGCUCAUGAGACCUCCUUCAUUAGAGCGCACACCAGUUUCUGGACGAGAACUCCCAUCUUCUUCUACAUUGGAUGCUUCUUUAGGCAGUUUUUCAAGUCUGUCGGUAAGGCGGACUACCUGGCGCUGCGCAACGGUUUCAUCACCGUCCAUUUAGCGCCAGGAAGUAAAUUUAACUUCCAAAAGUACAUCAAGAGGUCAUUAGAAGACGAUUUCAAGGUCAUAGUAGGAGUAAGCCCUGUGUUGUGGGCGUCAUUCGUUAUCUUCUUGCUUCUAAAUGUCAGAGGAUGGCAGGCACUGUUUUGGGCAUCACUGAUCCCUGUGGUCAUAAUCUUGGCUGUCGGGACAAAGCUUCAAGCUAUCUUGACGAAGAUGGCCCUCGAAAUUAUCGAUAGACAUGCUGUGGUCCAAGGAAUUCCUCUUGUGCAGGCUUCGGAUAGAUACUUUUGGUUCGGUCGCCCUCAGCUAGUUCUUCAACUGAUCCACUUCGCUUUGUUUCAGAAUGCAUUCCAGAUAACAUACUUCCUGUGGAUUUGGUACUCGUUCGGGUUGAAAUCUUGCUUCCAUGCAAACUUCACACUUGCUGUCAUCAAAGCGGGUUUAGGUGUGGGUGUGCUAUUUGUGUGCAGCUACAUCACUCUCCCUCUCUAUGCUCUUGUCACUCAGAUGGGGUCGUGCACGAAGAAAUCGAUCUUUGAUGAGCAAACCUCAAGGGCGCUUAGGAAGUGGCACAUGGCUGCGAAGAAGAGGAGGCUCGGCAAGGGCGGGAAGUCCUCUGCAGCCGCCGCCGUGGCCCUCGGCGGAAGCGUGAGCUCGAGCCCCUCGCUCGCCAACGCCUCCGGGCGCACCCUCCGCCGCUUCAGAACCACCGGACACUCGACCCGCUCGCACUCGUACGACGACCACGACGUGUCCGACUACGACGCCGACACCUUGUCGCCGACAUCGUCGACAGCAGCUAAUCUGAUCACCAGGGCGGAUCACGGCGAUGACGACCACACUAUCAAGAUCGGCGAUUCCCAUAGGGAGGAGGGAACCGGCAACGGGGACGACUUCUCGUUCGUCAAGCUGGCCCCGCAAAGAGAGCCGUGAGAACCACUGCGGUGGCGGCGGCCGGUUUUUCGUACUAUUGUAUCAUAUCGUAGUGAAUCGAUCCAUCGUCGACCAACAUGGUUAGGCAUGUACAUCUUCAUCAUGUGUAAACCACAAGUUCUAGUUUA